UGGCAGUUGUGCAGCUGCGGGAGAGUCCCCAGGUGAGCGGCUGCUCCAAGGCAGGGACAAGGUGUGCAGAUCUAGCCUUGCAACACUUUGAUUGUCAUUGCUCAGUGACAGAAGGGAAAUGGCAAGCAAGAAGAAAGAAGUCCCACUGCAGAUCAUAAUAACCAAUCAAGACCAGUGGGAUGAAAUGCUGCAGACGAAUGGUAUAGUAGUAAUAGAUGUGUAUCAAGCUUGGUGUGGUCCUUGCAAAGCUGUGAUGAAUGUAUUGAGAAAACUGAAGAAUGAUUUUAGUGAAGACAAUGUGUUACAUUUUGCCGUGGCAGAGGCUGACAGCAUUGAAACUCUGAAACCAUUUCGAAAAAACUGUGAACCUGUGUUUCUUUUUUGUGUUAAUGGCAAAAUUAUUGAUAUAGUGAGAGGUGUAAAUGCUCCUCUUAUAAUUAAGAAAGUAACAGAUCUAGUGGAAGAAGAGAGGCAAAUUGCAGCUGGAGAGAAAGAACGCACCGAGGUAGCUGAACUUGUUUUUCUAGAAGAAGAAUCAUCAGAAGAGACUAUUGAGGAGACUGCAGAGGAGGAAGAAGAAAUACUCAGAUAUUCUGUUGGAAUUAUAAAACCUAAUGAUGUCCUAGAGGGACGUGUAGAACAAAUUAAAAAAAAGAUUAAAGAUGCAGGAUUUACCAUUAAAGCAGCAGAGGAGAAAGUGCUAACUGAAGAGCAAAUCAGAGUGUUCUAUGCCCGGAAUAAAGACCAGCCUGACUUUGAAGAAUUUGUUCAAUUCAUGAUGAGUGGACCAUGCCACAUUUUGGUAUUCACUAAAAAAAAAGACUCUGCUGCCAUUCCUCACUGGAAAGAACUACAUGAAACACAUGACAGCAUGUCUGAUUCGUCUGAGCCAGAGAGCGAGCUAGCACUCGUGGAAGCUGAGAGUCUAGUAAAUCUAUGUGCCGUGCAAGACAGUAUCGAAGAUGCCAGCAGACAACUUGGCUUCUUUUUCCCAAAUUUUCAUAUACAUCAAACAGAACAACAAGCUGAAAAGACUUUGGCCAUAAUUAGACCUACUCUCUUAAAGGAAAGACGAGAUUCUAUUAUACAAAGGAUAAAGGACGAUGGCUUCAAAAUAGCAAUGCAGAAAGAAAUAAUCCUAUCUGAAGAACAAGUGCGUACAUUUUACAGUGAGCAUGUAAAUGAAGACUACUUCCCAGUCCUUCUAGAGCAAAUGACCAGUGGUCCAACUCUUGUAUUGGCUCUAACAGGUGAAAACGCUGUAUCACACUGGAGAAGUUUACUGGGCCCAAAGACCCUUGAAGAGGCUUGCAAAGAAAAUCCAGACAGUUUGCGUGCACAAUAUGCAGUCGACAAUGUACCCAUUAAUCAGCUGCACGGCAGUUCUACACCUGAUGACGCUCAGAAGGAAUUAGAGUUUUUCUUCCCUCAGGAACAAACUUUUGCGUUAAUCAAACCUGAGGCCGUUAAGACUCAUAAAGAUGACAUUAUGAAACAAGUUAAAGAGGCUGGAUUUAGCAUCUCAAAGAUAAAAGAAGAAGCUUUAACUCGUGAAAUGGCUGCACAGUUUUACAAGGAUCAUGAAGGAAAACCCUUUUAUGAACAGUUAGUUUCUUGUAUGACUGAGGGUCCAUCAGUGAUAAUGGUCUUAUCAAAGGAAAAUGCUGUGGAAGAGUGGAGGAAACUAAUGGGUCCAACUGAUCCAGAAGAGGCAAAGAAGAUCUGUCCUCAAUCGAUUCGAGCUCAGUUUGCACAUGAUAUUUUGUCUAAUGCUGUCCAUGGAUCAUCUAAUAGAGAACAUGCACUGAAAAGCAUUGAGUUCGCAUUUGGAGAGAUUGGUACACACUAAACAAUUAAGAUGCAAUCUCUAGAAAUUGAUGUUCAUGUCCUUAGAUGCAUUUAUCUACCUAACGAUCUAUAUUUAAGACUAUAUAAACAUAAAUAUUUUUCUUCAUA